GAAGUAAAUACGCACUCUUUCUCUUUUUCUCACAUGCACCUGAGACAGCGGUCAGAUCCUGGUUAAAAUCGGACAGAGCUGGAGGUAAAAGUGGAAUCAUGUCGGAGAAAGAAGCUCCGGUGGCUCGCACGGUGCUGCAGCAGUGUCUCCGGGCGUCGCUGAUGGUCAAACCCGCCGAAGAGGGCUCUGAGGCGGAGUACGUGCAGAUUGACAAAGGAAUGGUGAUCUACAUUUGUUUCUUCAAAGGAGCCACUGAUGAAAUCCUGCCAAAGAUGGUGUCGACUCUCCUGAACAUACGCCUUAGUGAGUCAUCAUCGGGGAAGAUGGUGUCCAUUUUGGAUCUUCCUGGGAAUUUACUGAUCGUCCCCCAGGCGACUUUAGGGGGAAGAGCCAAAGGAAAAGCCAUGCAAUAUCACAACAACAUCAACAAAGAGGACGGACUACGACUGUAUGAGGCGUUUGUGGCACUGUGCGAAACACAAUUUGCCUCAAAAGAAAAUGUUCUAGUAAAACAUGGGACUUAUGGAAACAGACAGGUCCUUAAACUGGACACGAACGGGCCUUACACGCACAUCAUGGAAUUUUGAGUGGAGAGGAGUCUAUUUUUAAAAAAAAAAUUUACCAGGAAAGUCCCAUUGAGAUCACUAAUCCGUUUUUCAAGUGAGUCCUGGAGAAGAAAGCAGCACAGUACCAGCAGACACGUAGACAAUCACAAGAAUAUGUUGGUUAAAAAAGGGACAAUAUUUUGCUAUUUUCUGAUUGGUAUAAUGUUGUUUCCUCAUCACAAGCAUACCUGUAGUUGUGUUUUGUGUUAUUCACACACUUAACACACAAAUUCUGCAUUCUCAAUUAGCAAAAACUCUGUUCAUGCCAACAUGUGACCUCAUUAAGUGGUAAUACAGGAAGUGCACCACUGUGCUUUUAAACCCCAUACACCUUCACUAGAAUAAUUUAGAUUAUUUCAACCCUGGAAUUUCCCAUCUCUUCUGAAAUGAAGGUAAAAGGAGCUGUUAACUUGAAAACUGCUUCAUGACAUCACAAGGUAGAACAGAGCAUUUUGAGGUUUAGAGAUGUAGACAGACUAAUAAUAAAGGGUUACUCAAACGUGUGUGAAUGAAACAAAACAACGCUGGGUAUGUUUUUGAAGAGGUAACAACAUUCUAACAUAGUUUCUUUUACUUGACCAGUUUCUGUAUGAAUGUACUGUACAAAAAAUAGCACUAAAUCUUGAGAUUGUCUAAAAGAAAUGAAUGACAUGCUUAUAUCUAAUAAUAAAAUACAUGUUUGGUGAUUUUUGUAAAA